ACCACAGAAAACUAAAACACACAGCAAUGGUGCACAAUAAAAGUAUUCGUGGCAUAUACACUCACCCGCCACAGCACUUAUAAGAAGCGCUGAAUUCAUUUCCUGGUUAAGAGUAAGGUGCUCUCUAGUGGAGACGGUUUGUUACUGCUGAACCAAUCAGAGGCUGUUUUAAACUUUGGUUCAUAAUUCGCUUCCGGUCACUUUUUGUUUUGAGUAAACUGGCGCCAUCAGUUACAAUUCGACCACAUUGACGUCAUUCACUGCUCUGUGGUGAGUGUGGAUAAAGGCAUGAUGAGUGAAGAAAAACGCAGUCCUACGAGAGGUGCUGCGAGCUUAAACCACAGCAAAUGGAACCAUAAAGGUCCUCAGGUCCACUGGAUGGAUGACACUUUAAACGAUGAUAACAAUGUGAGUGAAGAGGGUUGCAAACUGGCAACGCAGAGGAUGUCCACCCCAAAACUUGCAGAUGUGCUUGAACCGAGUACAUUCUUGGUUCAAGAUGAGGAAGAAGACUCGAACGAACUGGCUUUCCUUUGUAUGUCUGGCAUGUCUCUUAUUGAGAGCGUGUCGUCAGAUGAAGAGAAGACCAAGGACUCUGGGAUUGUCGUGGGUGCAGAGAGCGAAGCCUGUCCUGAUAACCUUGUCAAGAGUUCCACUGAAACGUCAGCCGAACUGGAAACUUCAUCUUCCCCUUUGCCGGAUUCGAUUUGGGAUACAGACUUCCACAAAAAGCACAUGGCGGCAAUAAGCAGUGACAAGUUUGACAGCCUCCUGAAGAUGUGUCCGAAUCUUUACGACUCUAAGAGCCACAUGGCAGCAUUUGUAAUUGUAAGAUUGGGUCAGACAUGUGAUCGUUACCAAGUGGUGGCGCUAGGAGCCGGCCGCUUGAGCUGCACAAAUUGGCUUUGCUUCAACGGCAACAUCGUACACGACUGUCACGCCGUCAUCAUUGCCAGGCGGGCACUGAGGAGGUUCCUCUACAAGCAGCUUCUGCUCUUCUUCAGCGCCGAUCCUGGGGUUAAAGAGCAUUGCAUAUUUGAGAGCAGCACAGACGGACCACAGCUUCAGCUUAAAGCGAAGACCAGUCUGCACCUCUACACCAAUCAGUGUCUUGAAGGGGCUGCUAAAAACCUCCACUUGAGGGGCCCGACCUACAACAACACAUCGACCCCUCUGAAGCUGCAGUACCAUGCCAAGAAUCAGCUCAUACCGGCCUCCUACCUUGAACCGAGCUACUUGGGCGCCAAAGUGUGCAGCAUGUCGGGCAGUGACAAGCUGUGCAUGUGGACCUUUGUGGGGGUACAAGGCGCUUUGCUGAGUCACUUCAUCCAGCCAAUCUACAUCACCAGCAUGGUGCUUGGGGGCCAGAAGAUGUACGUACACAACAUGGCAGAGAUAACCAACGAACGUCUGGGCGAAGGCUGGGACAACAUCCUACCGGCAUGGUACAAGAAGCAGAAAAUCAUCUUUCUGCACUGCGAUGAGGUGACAGCCAGAGAGGGGUGGCCGCAACAUGACGUCCUCAGCAUCAACUGGUGUCUCGGGGACAAAGACAUCGAGGUGGUGGACAGCGGCAAAGGCCUCAUUGAUGACAGUUCCCCUUCCAUGAGCGGACCCGGCUUCUCCAGUAGGCUGUGCAAGCGAGCUCUUUUCAGUUAUUUCUGCCAAGUGGCCCCGCUGGGGGGACAUGGCCACUUGCUGGGUCUGCCCACUUACCACAGUGUCAAGGCGGAGGCGUUGGUCUACCAGACGGCCAAAGAACUGGUCAAGCAAUACUUCCUCGGCAUCCAUGCUGGUCCCUGGAACGCCAAGAAGCUGGUGAACUGCUUCAGUGCCUGAAGACACUCCUUGAGGUUUAGUUUGUGUUUAAUCUCUUCAAGCUCCGUUGGUAAACAUGUUUGGUUAUUUAAAGCUACAUUUUGGUGCAUUGUUGCCGUCUAUUAGUUCAAAAGUAUACGUUUUGCACCGUUGAUAUUCUAUAUAAAGCCAGUUUGGCGAAACAGUGUAAUUCACAGGUUUGUGUAUUGAUUCCCUUUAUUAUACAUACGUAUACAUAGCUGUCAAAUAUUAAUUUAAAUUGUUUAGCACAGUUAGCAACAAAGCUAAACAUAAGCACAAUGGACAUAUAGUAUGUUAUAAAUGCAGUAAGUGU